GCGAUCUUUGCUUGUACUUACGACCACAAAUAACACACACGAGUUGUGUCAACGCCAUAUUUAUCGCCAUCUUUUUUUUAGCAGAGAAGUUCACCCCAGCAAACUCUCUUCUUUCCAAGUUCAUAACCAGUGCGAUAUCUAGUAUACAUCAUUCCAGUUCAUUUUCGAUAUCAAAAGGCGGCCAUACUAAGUCCCUGACUGAAACAAUUGAGAAUGGCUGCUCGGGGCCAACAGAGAUCAUCAUUUUUAUCUGACGACAGUAAAAUAUAUGAACUGUCUGAAACCAUCAAUGCUCCUGAGCAGUAUGAGAAGCUUGGCCGCGCUUUACUAGGAUCCAAUCCUGAGGUCGCAAAUCUUAUUGGAGUAAUGUCGAUGGACUAUGAAAAUGUUGUUUUCAAGUUCUUUAGUAAAUGGAGAGAUGCAAAUGGAUGUGGAGAUGGCCAGUGCAGAACAAUGAUUGAGAUUCUAAAAGAUUGUGGAUUGACAGAUGUGGCAACCUGGUUGAAAGACAAACAAGGACAACAACCAAAUUGUUUGGGAGAUGAUAAAGUUUUACAGGACCUGUCCUUCAAAAUUGACUGCCCAAAGUACGUUGAGAAACUUGGCCGGAAACUGACAGAAAGUGAAGUUGAAUAUUCCAGCGUAGUCGGUGGCAAUAGGCCGCCAAACUACAAGGAAGCUCUCUAUCAGUGCCUUAUAAAGUGGAGGAACGCGGAAGGAUCAAGCCUCGAAUCGUCCAGGAAACUUUGGGAAGUUCUAUGCCGACGGAGAUUGAGCAUCGCUGUCAAGAAGUUGGAAGAAUUUGAGCCAUCUCUAGUUAAGGAUGCAGUCACCACGCAGUGUUCAGAAGAAACAGGGGAACCUGUAGCAGGAGUCCAUAUCCAAGGCCUCGUGAAGCCCUGUGAAGAAAAUACAUCGGGGCUCUGGUCUUUUGAGCCCCCGAAUCGCACAAAACCGGAUGGGAAACCUUGAAAAUGCGCCCCAAAACUCGCCAUUCUCUUCCAUGUUAACGCUUUCCAAUGUUGCAGAUUUAUGCAAUA